CCAAGAAAAAAAAAAAGAAAAAGGAGACCACCACCACACAAAACGCGAAUCCCCCCUAUUUAUUACCCCCCUCCCUCCCCUACCGCCGCCGACGCCGAACCCCCACACACCACACAACCCCAUCGCCUCGCGCCGCCGCCGCCGCCGCAGCAGCAGCAGCCGCCGUUGCCUGAGAAGAGGGAGGGAGGAGGAGGGAGGAGCGAGACGUUCCCUGUGGUUUUGGGCUCCUCCUGGGGAAGGGAUAUAAGGCGGGGCGAGUUGAAAGGCGGCAAACACGGCUAGCGUUGAGGCCGUGCGGCGCGGCGACGCAGCUGCGCGCGGCGCCAUUGCCGCCCCCGCCCCCGCGACGGCGUCCAGCCCGGCCCCGCACGGCGGCCGCGGGGCGCUACCGUCGGCAGGCGGAAGCCCCUCGGACCUCCUCUUCCUCGCCGGCGGCGGUCUCCGUCUCCGUCUCCGCCUCGUCUGACGUCCCCCUUCCGCUGACCUACCCUAACCUAACCUGAUCUGACCUGACCUCGAGAGAGAGAAAGAGAGGAGAAGAGGGGUUUUGAAAGGAUGGAGAUGAAGCUGACCAUCAAGAGGGUGCCCACGGUGGUGUCCAACUACCAGGAGGAAGGCGCCGCCGCCGACGCCGCCAACGACCGCCCGCGCGCCGGCUGCGGGAGGGAUUGCCUCGGGGACUGCUGCUUGCCCGAUUCCAAGCUUCCACUGUACGCUUUUAAGGCAAGUCCAAAGAAACCGUCUUCGCAGGAGGAUGCUGCCAACACUGACUUCUUCGUCAAUCUCCUGCUUGGCCUGUGGGAGGACAAGAUGGCCCGGGGCUUAUUUCGAUAUGAUGUCACUGCCUGUGAGACCAAGGUUAUCCCAGGCAACCUUGGCUUUGUUGCACAACUGAAUGAAGGACGCCACCUCAAGAAGCGCCCUACUGAGUUCCGCGUGGAUCGUGUGCUUCAACCAUUUGAUGCUGCCAAGUUCAACUUCACCAAAGUUGGCCAGGAGGAGGUGCUCUUCCAAUUUGAGAAUGGUGGUGGUGAUGACAGCUUCUUUCUGAAGAGCGCCCCAAUCAGUGUUGCUGAUCGUGCUCCUAAUGUUGUUGCGAUCAAUGUAAGCCCAAUUGAAUAUGGCCAUGUUCUUCUCAUUCCCCGUGUCCUGGACCGUCUGCCCCAGAGGAUUGACCAGGAGAGCUUCUUGCUUGCACUGCACAUGGCUGCUGAAGCUGCAAGCCCGUACUUCAGGCUUGGCUAUAAUAGUUUGGGUGCCUUUGCAACCAUCAACCACCUCCACUUUCAGGCGUACUACUUGACAGUGCCUUUCCCUGUUGAGAAGGCAGCUACCAAGAGGAUUUUCCUUGCUGAGGGCGUGAUGAACAGUGGAGUAAAGGUGUCCAAGCUGAUGAACUACCCUGUGAGGGGACUGGUUUUUGAGGGAGGCAAUUCACUGAACGAUCUGGCCAGUGUGGUUUCCAGUGCUUGUAUCUGGCUGCAGGACAAUAAUGUGCCUUACAAUGUUCUUAUUUCUGACUGCGGCAAGAAGAUCUUCCUCUUCCCUCAGUGCUAUGCUGAGAAGCAGGCUCUGGGCGAAGUGAGCCAGGAGCUGCUGGACACACAGGUUAACCCAGCAGCGUGGGAGAUCAGUGGCCACAUCGUACUGAAACGGAGGAGCGAUUAUGAGGAGGCUUCAGAGGCUUCUGCGUGGAGACUCCUUGCUGAAGUUUCCCUGUCGGAGGAACGCUUUGAGGAAGUGAAAGCCUACAUCUUUGAUGCCGCUGGUCUGGUGCAGUCUGACGAGGAGGAAGUCAGUGAAGACGAGGACGCCGCCGCCUACACGCCCGUCUCCAUUGCUCCUGCUGUUGCCGAAGGCUGUCUCGUCCUUCAGUGAGAUGAUAGAGAACAGGGUGUCGGCCUAGUGAGAGCCGUGCCGCCUUCGUCGUCUCGUCAGUCUUCACACGCUGGUCGCCUAGCUUCAUCGUAGUUAUGGUUGCUGAACUUAUAUAAGGAUCUGAUCUUAUAUAAGGAUCAAUGUGGUUGAGCUGCCUGGAGUCUGUGUCUGUCCCUGCAUAGUUGCACCCAUUUCUCCCUUCCCUGAUGCUCUGGUAUUCAGAUUCUGCAAAUAUUAAGCAGAGAACUGUGUGUAUUGUUUGUGCUGUUUAGCACUGAAUCUAAUGUGAUGAACAUUGUUAAUACCUACACAUCUUCCC